AUGGAAGCGCCGCUGGUGUGUUUGGACGAGGAGUUCGAGGACCUCCGGCCCUGUCGGAUGGAUGAGUUCGAGCACCCGGCGCUCAACCACCACUCCUCCUACCCCCCCCCCACCACAAACACCACCACCACCCUCGUGUUAUAUCUCGAUGCCUUCUUGAUCCGGCCUGUAGCCAUCCACCCCGGCCACGGCCAGCAGUACGUCAUAAAGCCCAAAUACUACCACACACACACCACCCAGACGCACGUGCAGAGCCAGCCGGAGAGGCCCAUCCCCCUCACGGUGGGACACACCCCCAUCCACGCUGCAGUGGGCAAUCACACGGGAAGGAUUAAGGUGGUCUUCACCCCCACCAUCUGCAAAGUCACCUGCAUAGGAAGCAGAUGUCAAAACAACUGCGAGAAAGGAAACACCACCACCAUCAUCAGUGAGAACGGCCACACCACAGACACCCUCACAGCGCCCAACUUCAGAGUAGUGGUGUGCCACUUGCCCUGUAUAAAUGGGGGGAAGUGCAGUGCCAGAGACAAGUGCCAGUGCCCUCCCAACUUUGUGGGGAAGUUCUGUCAGAUGCCGCUUCAGAACGGACACCAGCAGCAUCACCAGCAGACGUCGGGCCAGACGCAGGUCCACUCCACCCACACCCUGCCCCUGACCUACUCCAAUGGCCAGCCUACCGGGUUCGGUCCGGGCGUGGUCAACAUCCACAUCAAGCACCCUCCGGAGGCCUCGGUCCAGGUGCACCAGGUGUCCCAGCUGGACGAUUACCACGGCAACGGGCACCCGCAGAAGGGCGCCUCCUCCUCCAGCAGCUACACCUACCACCACAGCGAGAGCAGCCAGAGCGUGCAGCGCCACAGCUACAACGUGCUCUACCCCGGCCAAAAUGGCCACCAGCGGCCUCACCAGCCCGCCGCCUCCAAGAACACGCUGGGCCGCUGUUUCCAGGAGACAGCGGCUGGUCAGUGUGGGAAGGCUUUACCGGGCCUCACUAAGCAGGAGCAGUGCUGCGGCUCCAUCGGGACCUCCUGGGGAUUCCACAAGUGCCAGAAGUGUCCCAUGAAACCAUCUAUCCCCCUGAUCGACUGCCCCCAGGGCUACAAGAGAAUCAACAACUCUCAUUGUCAGGAUUUCGAUGAGUGCCAGGUGCAGGGUGUGUGCACCAAUGGGAACUGUGUGAACACGGUGGGGAGCUACAGGUGCAUGUGCAACCCCGACUAUGUGCUGGACCCCACCCUCACCUCGUGCAUAUCCAACACACCUGCCAUCCAGGAGGAGAAGGGCGCUUGUUUCCGCUUGGUGGGCUCCGGGAGGCAGUGCUUGCACCCGGUCUCUGCCCAGCUGAGCAAACAGCUCUGCUGCUGCAGCAGACCCAUGCCGGUCUUCCAGGAGCCGGUGGACCUGAUCCCUCCACACCCGCUGCCCACUCCAGAGAGACCGGUGGAGGCCUUCGGGAAGCCAGAGGAGAUCAUACCAGGUCUGUUCUACGUUCGGGUCUCACCUCAGUCUGCUUCUGAUGGAUUUUAUGAACAAGUUGUUGAGAAGACUUCUCCUCCGGUUCCCGUGGAGAUCUUCCCCUCCCACGCGGGCCAGGACCUCGCACCCACCCAGUCAGCCGCGGUGGACGAGUGCCAGAUCAACCCUUACAUCUGCGGGAAGGGGAUUUGUUACAACACGGCUGAUGGCUACACCUGUCACUGCAAUGAGGGCUACCAGCUGGACGACGGCCUGACCACCUGUGUGGACGUGGACGAGUGCCAGGACGAGCAGGUCUGCGUCAGGGGCCACUGCCUGAACAGCGAGGGCUCCUUCCACUGCCAGUGUGGACCGGGUUUCCGAGCGUCUCCGGCUGGAGAUCAGUGUGACGAUGUGGACGAGUGUGUGGAGGAGACGCUGGCGUGCGCCGUGGGGGAGUGCGUGAACAACGUGGGCUCGUACAGCUGCUCCUGUCCCGAGGGGCUCAGGCAGGUCAACGGCACCACCUGCACAGAUGUUGACGAGUGCGUGGAAGAAGCCGAGCUGUGCUCCCCGCAUGGGAAGUGCCUGAACACGGACGGGUCCUACCUGUGUCUGUGUGACGGCGGGUUCACGGCCAGCCUGGACACGCCCUCCUACAUCGACGAGUGCGGCCUCAACGAGACGCGCUGCGGGCCCCACGGCUUCUGCGAGAACCGGCUGGGGUCCUUCCGAUGCCUGUGUGACCAGGGCUACCAGGAGUCGGCGGACGGCCAGGGCUGCGAGGCGUCCUCAGUGGAGCGGAAGGAGUGCUACCACCACCUGAACGACGAGAACCUGUGCGAGAGCGUGCUGACCACCAACGUGACGCUGCAGGAGUGCUGCUGCACCCUGGGGGCCGGCUGGGGGGACAACUGCGAGGUCCACCCCUGCCCUGUCAGCGGUACAGUUCAGCCAGUUGUGUCCGUCAGGCAGAGGCUUCAUUCCCAGUGGAGAGCCUCCGAGGUGUGCAAAGAGGGCUUCUGCCUGAACACCGAGGGCAGCUACGAGUGCUACUGCAAGACCGGCCACGACUACGACCCCGUCAAGCUGGAGUGCAGAGACAUCAACGAGUGUCUGGAGGAGUCGGUGUGCGAGGGCGGCCAGUGUCUGAACACGGACGGCUCCUUCCUGUGCUUCUGCACGCACCCCAUGGUGCUGGAGCCCGGCAGCAACCGCUGCGUCUUCGCCUCCGACGUGGCCGUGGGCCCCAGCCAGAAGACCACCUACACCGAGUGCUGCUGCCUGCACGGGGAGGCCUGGGGCAUGGGCUGCGCCCUGUGUCCCACCAGAAACACAGAGGACUACGCCUCCAUGUGUAACCUUCCUCUGGGUGGGGGCCGGCGGCCGUACGGUCACGAUGCCCUCGUUGCCGGUCCGGUCCAUGAAUACGAAUCCCGUGAAUCCACCCGCCUGUUGACUGGGAUAGAAGACGUUUUCUCCCAGAGAAAGGAGCCCGCUGCGUUUCCUGCUCUCUGUUUUUCUGCCCGGACUGAGCUGAGUUUUCCUCCUUCUGCCAUCUGUUUCACUGCAAAGUUUAAAGCUGCUACGGGGCAGAGGCGGGAGAGAAGAACAAUGUGUACAUUUAAAGAGAAGAGUGGAGAGAAAAUACCUUAUGUGUUUGUAAUUUUGCGUAAAAGCUCUACAUUAACAUUGAAGCAGUCCAGAAAAGUGGACCGGUUUCUGCGUAAAACACGGCUCUCUGCGGGGGCUUUUUUCCCUCUGUGUGGUCAGACUGACCAGGCCUGGACCCCUCUGACCGUCUGUGAAAAACUCGGUCUCUGA